CGGCCAUGAGCGACGGCGAGCGCCGCGACGAGGACGUCGCGACCACCAGCGCCGCAGAUGACGACGACGAUGAGGACUACGAGGAGCCUGGCGGAGAGAACCAUUUCCUGGGGUUCAUGUUUGGCAACGUCGACGAUGCCGGCGACCUGGACGCCGACUAUCUCGACGAGGAUGCGAAGGAACAUCUUUUUGCGCUAGCAGACAAGCUUGGUGCAUCCCUGAAAGACAUUGAUCUGACUAAGUCUUCUCCAGCAACAGCCGAUCCUUCUGAGCAAGAUUAUGAUGAGAAAGCAGAGGAUGCUGUUGACUAUGAAGAUAUUGAUGAACAAUAUGAUGGACCUGAAGUUGAAGCAGCUACAGAGGAAGACCAUUUGCUAUCCAAGAAAGAUUACUUCUCCUCAAACACAAUGUUUGCUUCAGUCAGUAGUAAAGUUUCAGUGUUUGAUGAGGAGAACUAUGAUGAGGAUGAAGAACCACCCAAUGAUAUCGAGUUACCUGGUGAUAAUGUUAUACAAGAUGUCAUUUCAGCCGAGCAGACGGAAAUAUCACCCUCUAAUGAUAAUCCUGCCAUCGGAAAGGUAUCUAGCCCGUUGCCACAAUCUCAGGAAACUAUGGAUGUUGAAUAUGAAGUUUGUCAGGAAGAAAUUGACACUGAGGAAGAUCAACUCGAGUCUAAAUCUGCGACUACCCUCCCUGUUUUAUGCAUAGAGGAUGGGAGUGUGAUCUUGAAGUUCUCUGAAAUUUUUGGUGCACAGGAGCCUGUAAGAAAGGCCAAGACAGAUCAGCAUAAGCGGCCAGUGAAUAAAGAGCUCCGUAUCACAAACAUCAGUGACAUUGUUGAGGAUGACGAGGAAGUAUUUCUAAGGAGUACUAUUCAAGAUGUCCCAUCUUUGAAGCAUAUCAAGACAAAUGAAGAUUUUAUCGAGAGUGACAGUGAUGAGUUAAUUUCUAGUGAUACUUUUGGGUUUAAAGAUUUGUGUCUUUCUGAACAACCAAUGAAGGAUGUACACAAAGAGUUCCCUACUGCUAAACAAACUCUAGUUUGUCCUGAUGUUUAUCCACUUGAGCAUGAAGACUGGGAAAAUGGUAUCAUUUGGGGCAAUUCACCAGCAAGUGAAAGUCAGUCUUGUUUAAAAAGCUGUGUCAUAUCUGAAGAGAGCUCUGAUGCUCACAGUGAAGAUGAGGCUAAGGAUUAUGGUUAUGUAUCCGGGCGUUGUGAUGUACAGGAUAAAAAUAAUGGUUCUCCAGUAAUAAGAGAGCCUUUUGGCUGUACAGAAAUGCCUGCUUCAGCUAGUUAUCAUUCCCCUGAGAAUAGUUACCCUCCAUUGAUAAAGGAGACUCCUCAAGAGAAGAAUGACUUAGACCAUGCGGAACCAAAUAACAUAAAUGGAACAGUUAAAAUCAAUACGAUGAAGUGUUUAAGCAACCUCUCUCUUCUGAACAAGGAACUGUUGGAAGGAUCUUGGUUGGACAACGUAAUUUGGGAUCCCAGUGAGGAUACUCCUAAGCCUAAGUUAAUCUUGGAUCUGAAAGAUGACCAGAUGCUUUUCGAGAUUUUAGAUGAGAAGAAUGGGGAUCACCUCCGCUCACAUGCUCGUGCGAUGAUUGUUAGUCGGCCAAUGAAGACUGCAACAGUGGAAAAUGUUGGCCAUAACAACCAAGCAAUUACAUUGGAUGCCCAAUUCAACAUUUCCAAUGACAAAUUUUAUUCCAACAGGAAGAUGUCGCAACAAGCUAAAUCUCAUACUAAAAAGCGUUCUUCAAUGGGCAUAAAGGUGGUACAUUCUGUUCCUGGUCAAAAAUUGCAGACCAUGAAGCCAAAGCUAAGCACUAACGAAAUUGCAAAUUUCCAUAGACCAAAAGCUAAGUGGUACCCCCAUGAAAAUAAACUUGCUGCUGAGUUGCAAGGAGCUGCUUGCAGUCAUGGGUCAAUGACUGUUAUAGUAAUGACGUUAGCAGGAAAAGGAGUGAAACUUCUCGUCAAUGCAGAGGAAACUCCACUAUCAGUAAAAUCAAAAGCUUCCAAGAAAUUAGAAUUUAGACCAUCUGAAAAGAUCAAAUUGUUUGGUUAUGGAAAAGAACUCCAGGAUGACAUCUCCUUGGCCAUGCAAAACGUGCGACCAAACUCUAUUUUGCAUGUUGUUCGCACUGAAGUACAUCUAUGGCCAAAAGCACAGAAGUUACCUGGAGAGGACAAGGCUCUACGUCCUCCUGGGGCAUUCAGGAAAAAAGCUGACUUGUCUGUUAAGGAUGGACAUGUAUUUUUGAUGGAAUAUUGUGAGGAAAGACCUUUACUGCUUGCAAAUGCAGGAAUGGGUGCUCGACUCUGUACUUACUACCAGAAAACUUCACCCACUGAUCAGACAGCUAUAUCCCUGCGAAGCAACAAUGACGGACUGGGUACAGUGCUUGCUAUUGAGCCUGCUGAUAAAUCUCCUUUCCUGGGAGAUGUACGUUCUGGGUCCCAGCAAUCAUGUCUUGAGACAAACAUGUACAGAGCACCUGCAUUUCCUCAUAAAUUGGCAUCGACUGAUUAUCUUUUAGUUCGUUCGCCGAAAGGGAUGCUUUCUGUACGCCGCAUUGACAAGCUAUAUGCUGUUGGCCAACAAGAACCACACAUGGAAGUAUUUUCACCAGGAACGAAAAAUCUGCAGAAUCAUCUUUUGAAUCGAAUGCUCGUAUACGUAUAUCGUGAAUUCCGUCUUAGGGAGAGGCCUGGUGUUCUUUCUCAGAUUCGAGCUGAUGAAGUACCUAUUCAGCAUCCUCUGACAGAAGCUAUUGUGAGAAAACGAUUGAAGCAUUGUGCAGACCUGAAGAAAGGACCCAACGGACAUUAUUUCUGGACACAGAGACCUGACUUCCGGAUUCCGUCAGAGGAGGAGCUUAGAAGAUUGGUGUCACCAGAAAGUGUCUGCUGUCAUGAGAGUAUGCAAGCUGGUCUGCAUCGUCUCAAUCGUUUAGGAAUCGAGAAGCUUACUCAACCUGUGGGACUUGCUUCUGCAAUGAAUCAGCUUCCCGAUGAAGCAAUUGAGCUCGCUGCUGCAGCACAUAUUGAGAGGGAGUUGCAAAUCACUAGCUGGAACCUUACCAGCAAUUUUGUUGCUUGUACCAACCAGGUACUUCACUAUAUAUAUUUUCAAUUGAUGCACUCAUUUAACCAGAACAAUUUAUUUGCUUAUUAAAUGAUAGCAUGUGGG